AUGGAUAGAAGGAAUGAAACAUUGACCGAUUUCUUUCUCUUGGGGAUUUUCCCAGAGCUGUGGUACAUCAGCAUCUUCGUCAUCUUCAUUAUUGUAGUCUAUGUCAUCGCCAUCACUGGAAAUUUGACCCUUAUUUUACUGAUCUGGAUGGACUCCCGCCUCCACACUCCCAUGUACAAACUGCUCAGCCAUCUCUCUCUCAUUGAUUUGGCCUUAAUUUCCACAACGGUCCCAAAGACGGUCAUCAACUUUUUCUCUGCAAACAGAACCAUCUCAAAAGUUGGCUGUGGAACCCAGAUUUUCUUCUUCUUUGCUCUUGGGGGUGGUGAGUGUGUCCUUUUGAUGCUCAUGUCCUGUGACCGCUAUGUGGCCAUCUGCAACCCCCUGAGAUAUGCAGUCAUCAUGAGCCCCAGAGUCUGCCUGCAGAUGGCCCUCGUGUCCUGGGGUGCAGGUGCCUUCAAUUCCCUUGUCAACACCCUCUACACCAUGCACUUCCCCUUCUGUGGCUCUAGAGACAUCCACCACUUCUUCUGUGAGAUGCCUGCUGUCCUCAAACUCUCUUGCGAGGACACUUCCUUGUAUGAAGUGGUGGUAUCUGUCAUCUGCAUUGUGUUCAUUCUUCUCCCUUUAGGACUCAUCACGACUUCCUACCUACUCAUCUUCCUCACCAUCCUCCGCAUGAAUUCACCAGAGGGCAGGAAGAAAGCCCUGGCCACAUGUUCUUCUCAUCUGGCUGCAGUGAGCCUCUACUACGUACCAGCCAUGAUCAUUUACAUGAGCCCCCACUCCUUUCACACUUGGGAGCAGGACCAAAUACUCUCCAUGAUCAACACCAUCUUUACCCCCAUGCUCAACCCCCUCAUUUACAGUCUGAGGAACAAGGAGGUUCUGGAUGCUCUGAGAAAAGUAAUUAGCAGAAGAUUCAUCUUCCCAUAG